CUCUCUCUCUCUCUCAGUUGUUUAAUUUAAGCCACCUUAUCACCAUUUUUUUUCCCAGUCUUCUUCUCACUCACACAUAGCAGCUUUAGAUUGGUACCUGAGGAAUACCCUUUUAUCUUCUUUUGUGUGUCUCUUCUCACUUCUUUCUUCUUUAAUUUUUGUUCUUCCUCUUGUCUCUCUCGCUUCUUUUCAAGUGGAAAUUGUCCUGCAAAGCGAUUGUCUGUUCUUUUCUCUUUGUUUGACUGUACUUCUUCAUAAUGCCAUCUUCCAUCAAUUUCUUUUGUCUUCUUUUUUUGUUGUCACCAGUUUCUUUCUUCUUGAUUUGUUCUUUCUUUUUGUCGUUUGGACUAGGCACCGGGAUCUAACAUUUUCUUUAUUAAGGUAUAAGCUCCACUUUGAGGGGGUCAUGAGGUUUCUAAGUGUCUCAUUGUUCUCAUUGUCUUUAGCUAUUGAAGCUUGUUCCACUUGUCUGAGGGUUGCUCUUUUCAGUUGGAGAGUGCUUAGCAGAAUCUUCAUUUCUUGCUUCUUAAUAUAUCCCGUGAUCAGUUUCGAACAGCUCGCGAAGAUCCUUAUGUAUCUGGUGAUAAGCAUAGGAGAACACCCUCGCGAAUUCCAAUUUGAUUUGCACCUAAAAAGUUCUUAGAACAAAGAGAGUUGAAAUCUGAGGCGCAAGAUGGGAUGUUCCACAUCGAAGCUUGAUAAUGCAGAAGCGGUCCAGCUAUGUAAGGAUCGGAAACAAUUCAUUAAAGAGGCUGUCGAGGAGAGAACUCGAUUUGCUACUGGGCAUAUAGCUUACAUUCAGUCCUUGAGAACAGUUUCAGCUGCUCUUAAGGAUUACAUUGAAGAGGAUGAACCGCGAGAGUUCUUCCUGGGUUCAUUUUCAACCCCAACAUUUACACCGACAAAGAAAAGUAGCAACAAUUUCAUUUCAAUCCCUCCGAGAUCAUUCUCUCCAGCACAAAUUGAACCAAAACCAAAGUCAUCGUUGAAAGUGAAUUAUUUAAGGUCGGGCGGGACUCCGGCAGUUUCUGUCAUGGAGAGACCUCGGUCACCGGAAACAGUCCAUGUUCAGACUUAUUCUCCAAUUCAUCCGUUGGGUAUUGAUGGAUUCUUUCCGGCGCAUCCCUCGCCACAGAAUUCUUCGUACUAUUCUUACUCCCCCAACAAUAGACCCAAUCUUCCUCCUCGGUCGCCUCAAACUUCGCAGUGGGACUUUUUUUGGAACCCCUUUUCAUCCCUGGACUACUAUGGAUACCCUACUCGGAGUAAUAUUGAUCAUAUGGCUAUGGAUGAUGAGACCAGAGGACUGAGGCAGGUCCGAGAGGAAGAGGGGAUUCCAGACUUGGAAGAAGAAACUGAGCAUGAAGAAUGUGAUAACCUCUUGAAUGUUCAUGAUGAUAGAGGCAAAAGAUAUGUUAAUUUCCCGACCGAGGAAGUUUUAGUGGAAGAUGUUGAUGACGAGGAAGAGGAUGAGGAAACAGACGACAGCUAUGAAUCUGAGGAUGAAGUCAAAGGGCUACAGUCCCAUGGCAGUCAGAGGAUGGAAGUAGUACAGCCGCCGCAGAAUGUUGGAGAAGUGGAUGUUACUAAUCGAGAAGCAGCAGCGGCUAAAGAAGUGCCGGGUUUCACAGUUUAUGUAAACCGAAAGCCAACAAGCAUGGCAGAAGUCAUCAAAGAACUGGAAACUCAAUUCACACAUAUUUGCAACGCAGCAAAUGAAGUCUCAUCGCUGUUAGAGGUCGGUAGAGCCCAGUACUCAAGUUCAAACGAACUUACAGCAAUGAAGGUGCUGAAUCCAGUGGCUCUGUUUCGGUCUGGUUCAUCACGGUCAUCCUCGUCGAGAUUUUUAAUGAGUUCUUCAAGUUCUAAAAAUGACGGUUCUGAGAGUAAUAGCGACUUUUCAGACGAGUCGUGUGUUUUUUCCAGUGGUCAUCAGUCAACAAUGGAUCGCUUAUAUGCCUGGGAGAAGAAACUCUAUGAAGAAGUCAGGGCUGGAGAGAGAGUUCGGAUUGCAUACGAGAAGAAAUGCUCGCUGCUGAGGAAUCAAGACGUGAAAGGAGAGGAUCCUUCAUCCGUAGAUAGAACGAGGGUGGCCAUCAGAGAUCUACAUACUCAGAUGAAGGUAUCCAUACACUCAGUAGAAGCCAUUUCCAAAAGGAUUGAAACUUUAAGGGACGAAGAAUUGCAGCCUCAGCUUGUAGAAUUGGUGCAAGGGUUAUCAAGGAUGUGGAAUGUAAUGGCAGAGUGCCACCAAUUACAGAAACGGACUUUAGAUGAGGCAAAAAUCUUGCUGGCUGGCACACCUUCCAAACUCGAAGCCAAGAGAAGAUCUUACAUGUCUAUGACGGAUCCAAACAGGUUGGCCCGCUUGGCGUCCAAUCUUGAGACCGAGUUAAGGAACUGGCGAGCCUGCUUCGAAUCAUGGGUUGCUUCUCAGCGAUCCUACAUGCGUGCGCUCACAGGAUGGCUCCUCCGAUGCCUGCGGGCCGACCCUGACACCUCGAAACUGGCAUUAUCUCCUAGACGGUCAAGCGGGAGCCCGCCCAUCUUCGAUCUUUGCAUCCAGUGGUCGAGAUUCCUCGAUUCCAUCUCGGAGAUCCCGGUGCUCGACGGUCUAGACUUCUUCGCAGCCGGGAUGGGGUCGAUCUACGAGCAACAGCUCAAAGACGAUUCCAGGAAUACCCUGGGCGGAUCGAAGAGGUUCGGAGGGGGAUCAAGCGAGGAAAACAGCAGGAGCAUGGACAUGGUGGAGUUUAGUCAGGUGGAAGAGGUGAUGACGCCCGAGAAAACAGCCGAUGUCGCCGUAAGAGUUCUGUGUGCUGGAAUGUCGGUUGCAAUGAGCUCACUGACGGAAUUCGCCGUGUCGUCCGCUGAUGGUUAUGCCGAGUUGGUCAAGCAAUGGGAGCAUGCCGAGAGGCUGCAUAUCUCAGCAGGAUCUACUGUGUAGCCUCAUUUUCCUUUUGUUUUUGGACAGAUUUGCAUUUGUAGCGUAGUUCAACUAAGGUUGUCAAUGUAAUUAGAGUAUAUAUACCAUGUUUUAUACAAUGCCAGCAACUAGUGUAGACUUUUUAUGCCAAGAAAGAAGAGCAAUAGUCUGAGAAUUCCAUGUCAUUCU